GCGUGAUCAGUAGCUUCCAACCUUCAGUCGUCAUUUCGAGUUCGGCAGAGCUCAAUGGCACUGUAUUAAGAAAAUGUCCAAUUAAAUUCUAAAACUCAAUCUAAAAAUUAUUUUAACAAUUUCUUACCUUUAGUAAAACUUUUUUUAAAGUUAUUUGGGUAUCUGUGAUAAUAUUUGAUCUCCUUUUCGGUUAUUUUUUUUUAUUUACUAUGGAAUUCCUUUCUCGCAAAGUCAAAUCUAACAGCCAAAUUGACACCCGUCAGAUGAACGGCGCAGGAGACAUUUGCAAAAAACGGAGCGAGACCGCGAUGAGUCCAGCGCCCCCCGCGCACCGAGACAAAAGUGGCGCUCCGUUCGCUGCCGCCAAGCAGUCGCAAGCCGCCGGCGGAGGGAAGUGUACGUACGACGUCAUGGAGCGCGAUCGCAUCGGACUGUGGGGCAGCGGCGAUGGCCAGUCCACCAGCCGCCUGUCCGGCCUGGACCGCCUCAAGCACCCCGGCCUCAACAAGGGCAUGGCCUUCUCCAUCGAGGAGAGGCAGGUGCUCGGCAUCCACGGGCUGCUUCCAGCCAGGGUGAAGAGCCAGGAAGAGCAGGUCCAGCUGUGCAAGCUGUCUAUCGACCGCUACGAGGACCCGCUCAACAAAUACAUCUAUCUUAUGGGAUUGCUUGACCGCAACGAGCACUUGUUCUACCGCUUCGUCGGCGAGAACGUGGCCCAGAUGCUGCCCAUCGUGUACACCCCAACCGUGGGCCUGGCCUGCCAGAAGUACGGGCUGGUGUACCGGCGCCCGCGCGGUCUCUUCAUCACCAUCCAUGAUAAGGGACACGUCUAUGAGGUGCUUAAGAACUGGCCUGAAACAGACGUUCGUGCCAUCGUAGUGACAGACGGCGAGCGUAUCCUCGGUCUGGGAGACUUGGGAGCGUGUGGUAUGGGCAUCCCUGUCGGCAAGCUGGCGCUGUACACCGCUCUCGCGGGCAUCAAGCCACACCAGUGCCUGCCCAUUACACUAGACGUUGGUACAAACAACCAAACAAUGCUGGAUGACCCGUUAUACAUCGGACUUCGUGAGAAGCGCGUGCGCGGCGCGGAGUACGACGAGUUCGUUGAAGAGUUCAUGCAGGCGGUCGUGCGCCGCUUUGGACAGAACUGCCUGAUCCAGUUCGAGGACUUCGGCAAUGCCAACGCCUUCAGGCUGCUGGAGAAGUACCGUGGCAAAUACUGCACAUUCAACGAUGACAUCCAGGGUACCGCGUCAGUGGCAGUUGCUGGUCUGCUGGCCAGUCUCAGGGUUACCGGCAAGAAGCUGUCCGAAAACACCAUCGUUUUCCAGGGAGCAGGAGAGGCGUCUCUCGGUAUCGCCGAAUUGUGCGUGAUGGCAAUGAAGGCUGAAGGCACACCUGAGGCCGACGCGCGUGGACGUAUCUUCAUGGUGGACUCCAAGGGGCUGAUCGUCAAGAACCGUCCCGAGGGAGGACUCAACGAGCACAAGGAUAAGUUCGCGAAGGAGCAAGCACCCGUGCGCACUCUGGAAGAGGUCGUCGACCAGGUCAAGCCAUCAGUGCUUAUUGGUGCCGCGGCCAUCGGUGGUGCUUUCACGAGCUCCAUCCUGCGCAAGAUGGGCCAGUUCAACGACCGGCCCGUCAUCUUCGCGCUGUCCAACCCCACCAGCAAGGCCGAGUGCACCGCCGAGGAGGCCUACAGCAAUACUGAUGACCGCGCGAUCUUCGCAUCAGGCUCGCCAUUCCCCGACUACCGCACCAAAGACGGGCGCGUGCUGCGGCCCGGGCAGGGCAACAACGCCUAUAUCUUCCCCGGGCUCGCCCUCGGCAUCAUUUGUGCUGGCAUCGUCGAUAUUUCUGAUGACUUCAUGCUGCUGGCUGCUGAGGCGUUGUCAGACAUCGUGUCACAGACAGACUUGGACAAGGGAAGCUUAUACCCACCUCUAGAGGAGAUCCAGAACUGCUCCGUGAAAAUCGCCAAAAAGAUCGUCGAACACGCAUACCAAAUCGGCAAAGCGUCAGUGCUGCCGCAGCCCCUGGACACGGAGAAGUUCAUCCGCGCGCAAAUGUACGACGUGCACUACGCCGGCGCCGUCCCGCCCGUCUACUCGUGGCCCGCCUCCACGGUGCGCGUCGACAUGGUCUAACUACCCACCUCACGCUAACGCCCACUAAUAAACGAUUUUCAGAUUUCGUCCAUUUGCAACGACAGUGUGGCAUCUCCAAUUAGAUUAACGUAGAUGUCACAGUCGUCGCAAGAGCACGAUUUGAAUUUAAACACUGUUGUUCAGCAAAGUGGCGACGAGACGAGAAGAAAACUAAUAGAAUAUCGUCAUGCGAAGCUGUACGCUUUAUCGGGCUUUCACACAAAAUUGUCACACACAGCGGGACCGGAGCUGGGACGAAAAGAGAAAAAGUAUUCGCUCCGCUUCGUUAGAAAUAAUCAACCUGCUAUGCCGCCCGUCUCAGCACAUCUUGUCGCGUCUCCAAUUUAGUGAAAAGUGGUACUUUUACUCAAUCCCCUAAAAAGCUGAAGUGAGACAGUGCAGAUGUCUUGAAAUCGUUUACUAGCACAGCCUGAAACAAUACUCAAGUCCGUUAUGGUCGUAAAUCUUGGCUAAUAGGUGUCGUUGUGUCUCUGUUCAUAAUUAAUUUGAGCAUUGUUUCAAGUUUCGGGCAGAACCUAAAGGACUAUAUUGUGGUGCCACGAUCUUUGUUUGACCGUAUUACAGAUUGGCCAGUCACUUCAGCGAUGAAAAUUGAUUACACAGUUCCAAUGAAAAACAAAAUCAAAGAUCGUGAAACUACACUAUGCGCAGCUGUGAUUUACAUAAACAAAGAAAUUAUGUGUAUCGCAGUUUUGUAGAGGUGCAUAAUAUCCGCUCUAUACUCGUUAAAUAAAAAUAUGCAUGUUUUCCUGAUAUACCAUGCGUCAUGUUUCUCUCUACAACAUUCGAAAUAUGCAGAUAUUAAAUCGCAAUUUCCCAGCGCGUAAAAUACGUGUAAACACCAAUUAAUUUAAAAGGUGCACCAAAUAACACUAUGAAUAAAUUCAUCUGUCAUCUAUUUCAAUAAAUGUUGUUAAAAUUGAUCGAGCUCACCUGGGCAAUGUGACGUCACAAAUUCCAUUAUAAAUGUUUUCAUCGUGUCACGUUAAAGCAUUCUUAUCUUGAUAUCGAUCUAAAACAUCUUGCUUCUUAGGAGUAAUUUUAAAUAUUUAUAAUCAUACAUGUUCUUCAUUCUAAAAUCUGUUCAAAGCGCUUGAAAUGAUGUAUUGGCCUGUAUUAAGCAAUGACCCUCAAGUAUGAGUUUGAACCAGGAUUUGAGCUUCAUUACAUAAUACAAGCCUAGAGGAGAGAUGGCGUGGGAGAAUUUGUCGUCCAUUCGAUUAGGAUUUACGCAAUUAAAAUUAAAAAUUGUUGAUAGAUCGGAUAGUUACUUCAUGGGCGUAAUAGAUGUUGACGACAGUAAAAUUAUUUGUGCCCAUUUUUUGUAUAUUACAGGGUGAAAUUAUUUAUAGUACCUAACGUUAUAGAUGUAGUUACCAUUUGUUUAUUUAUAUGCCAGAUGUACUUCAAAAAUUAAAAUUGAAUAAGCUAUUGUAAAAAUAUCGAAUGUUGAUCAUUUUCAGAAAAUAUUACCGCAUUUAUUAUAAGCUUGCACAUGUAUCUUACAAUGUUUAGCCAUUCCAAAUCGUUAUACCUAUUUAAUACUGCUACUUAUGUUAUUCCUAGAACGAGCAUGUACACCUAGUGCUCGAUUGCCUACUUCAAAUGAAUAAUAUUGUUUAAGUUAAUAUGAAUAUGUAUGAGGUAUUUUUAUGAAAAUUUUAAUAUAUUUGAUGCGAAGUCGUA